GCUAAAUAUUAACCUUAACGACAAAAACCAAAUCCUGACGUUAACAUUAACCACAAAAACCCAUAAUUUUCAUUUUUUUUAAAAUAAUUAUAUUAAACCAUGACCGCGGUACUCCAUAAACAAUUAUGCCCCAAAGCGCGCCUUCAAUCCCUUAUGGACCUAUGCGGGACGGUCGAAAUAAGCGAAGAUAUUAGCGCGAAACUUUACUAUGAAUCCGGAGUAAACAUGUACAAACAAUUUAACAUAUUAUACGAUAUGGGUGCUUGGGAAAACGCCCUCUGCAUCUACUGGAAAUACGAAAAUCUAUUUUUCCACAAAAUCAGGAAACAUCCCGGAUAUGCCAAGGUGUCGGUCAAUAUUAAAUCGGUGAAUGCCGCAAAUUUUAGGAUGAUGAAACCGAAAGGCGAGCAUGCUAAGAAGGAAUUAUUUAAGAUGUUUAAGAAGAAUUGUGAUUAUUACAUUGAGGAGUUAAAGAUGAAUAAGUUGAUUCAUAAAAGGGAUAUUUGUAGAUCCUUUGAUAGUAUAAUAGACGAGGAUAUUAGGAGAAUAUCAGUGUAUUCAGUAGUCUCGAAUACAGGUGGCGAUCAGAAUCACCUUACCUCCAAUAACCGUUUAACAGAUCAACAACAACAACAGCAGCAACAACAACAACAACAACAAUAUGAAACAAACUCAGCAAAAUCUGGAAUAAAAGAAGGAAACAAAAAUAAUCCCUACGACCCCUCAGUGGAAAUCCAUAGCAAGAUGAGUUUCCAAACUGCAAGGAAAUUAAACGAAGAUGCCACGAAGAACUUGCAAAGGAGAAGCCUGUUAAAAGAGCCGGAAAGGUGCUCGAUGGCAUCGAAAUCCAGUCAAAAGAGUAAAAGCGAUAAAAGUGAUAAUUCAAAGAAGUAAAUUUAUUUUUUUUUUGGGAAUGAAUGUUGUUUUAUUAAUUCCAGGCAGUUGUAGUGGUUGAUUUAAGAGCUUUUGGAUAAAUUAAAUGGAUAAAAGUCAAA